CGAUAGGCCGCAAUAUUAUUGAAGAAGAUCCAAUUUACCAAGUGGUAAACUACCAAUUAUAGUGCUUAUUCCGAUUCCCGGCGACCUGCAGAGGAUCAGGUGUGUUCCAUGAGGUUGUGAUACUGUUGCGCCGGUUGGACAAGAUGUGGAAACUGCUGCAGCGCUCGACGGGACUUCCCAGGCGCUGCUCGCCGGGAUUUCCGGACGCAGUGCGUCUGUUGGCCAGCGGCGGCGGUGGCGGCGGUCAGGUGGACGAGCAGGUGCUGCGCAAGCGGAAGUUCCAGCCGCAGCAGGCGGCGGAUCUCAGCGAGGAGCUGGCGGGCCAAUUGCCGCCCAAAGCCCGGGUGGUCAUCUGCGGCGGCGGCAUCACUGGCGCCUCGGUGGCCUAUCACUUGGGCCUGAGUGGCUGGGGCGGCGAGACGCUGCUCGUGGAGCAGGACCGCGUGGGCGGCGAGCUGCCCUGGACGGCCUGCGGCCUGGCGGGGCGCUUCGAGCCCAGCUACACGGAACUCAAGCUGGCCGAGUACUCCAUUGACCUGAUCAAGCGGCUGGCGGAGAGCGGUCUGCCCACAGGCUGGCGGCCAGUGGGCAGCCUCAACCUGGCCCGCAGCUGGGACCGCAUGACCGCCUUCAAUCGCAUGAAGUCGCAGGCUCUCGCCUGGGGAAUGCGCUGCGAGAUCCUCUCCCCGGAGCAGUGCGCCCAGCACUGUGAGCUCCUCUCGCUCGACGGCAUCGAGGGCGGCCUGUGGAUACCCGAGGAUGGGGUGUGCGAUCCGCAGCUAGUCUGCCAGGCCUACAUGACCGAGGCGGAGCGUCUGGGCGUCCGGAUUGUGGAGCACUGCGCCAUCAAGCGGAUCCACAGCGAGCACGGCAAGGUGCGCGGCGUGGAGACGACGGCCGGGGACGUGGAGUGCGAGUACUUUGUCAACUGCACGGGCUUCUGGGCUAGGGAGGUGGGCACGCUGAGCAAGCCGGUGGUGAAGGUGCCGCUGAAGGCGGUGGAGCACCACUAUCUGCACACGCAGCCCAUCGAGGGACUCGAUCCCGACACGCCCUUCGUCCGGGACUUCGACGGACGCAUCUUCUUCCGCGAGUGCGAGGGCCACAUCCUCGCCGGCGGCUUCGAGCGCGAGGCCAAGAUGGUCUACGAGGACGGGGUGAUUCCGCUGUCGCAGGCGGCGCGCCAGCAUCCGCCCGACUGGGAUCACUUCCACGAGCUGCUCGACGCCCUGCUGCUGCGGGUGCCCGCCUUCAGGGGGGCCAAGCUGGACAGGCUCACCAACUCGCUGCAGGUCUUCUCGCCCGACUGCAAGUGGAUUCUGGGGGAGGCGCCGGAGAUCCAGAACUACUAUGUGGCCGCCGGCAACAAGACGAUGGGCGUGUCCGCAUCCGGCGGCAUUGGACGCGUGCUCACCGAUUUGAUCACCCGGGGCUCCACCUAUCUCGACCUGCACAUCCUGGACAUCAGCCGCUUCCUGGGGCUGCACAACAACCGCAAGUUCCUGCGGGAUCGCUGCAAGGAGGCGCCCGGCAAGCACUUCGAGAUCAACUACCCCUUCGAGGAGUUCCAGACGGGCAGGAACCUGCGUAUGUCGCCCAUCUAUCCGCAGCUCAAGGAGGCGGGCGCCGUCUUCGGCCAGUCGAUGGGCUACGAGCGACCCAACUACUUCGACCAGCAGGACAAGCAGGAUGAAUUUGGGCUGCCGCGCUUCCGGAUUGCCCAAACCCGGACCUUUGGCAAGCCCCCUUGGUUCGAUCACGUGGCCUCCGAGUAUCGAGCCUGCCGGGAGCGCAUCGGCAUCGCGGACUACAGCUCCUUCACCAAGUACGACUUCUGGUCGAAGGGCAACGAGGUGGUGGAGCUGCUGCAGUACCUCUGCUCCAACGACGUGGACGUGGCCGUGGGCUCCAUCAUUCACACGGGCAUGCAGAAUCCCAACGGGGGCUACGAGAACGACUGCUCGUUGGCCCGACUCUCCGAGCGACACUACAUGAUGAUUGCACCCACCAUCCAGCAGACGCGCUCCAUGUGCUGGAUCCGCAAGCACAUGCCCGGCCACCUGAGGGCCAAGGUGAACGUGGCGGAUGUGACCUCGAUGUACACGGCCAUCUGCAUCCUGGGUCCCUACUCGCGCAUCCUGCUCUCCGAGCUCACCGACACCGAUCUCACGCCCAAGAGCUUCCCCUUCUUUACGUACAAGGAACUGGACGUGGGCCUGGCCGAUGGAAUCCGCGUGCUGAACAUCACCCACACGGGCGAACUGGGCUACGUCCUCUACAUCCCCAACGAAUACGCCCUGCAUGUGUACUCGCGACUCUACCAGGCGGGCCAGAAGUUCAACAUACAGCAUGCAGGCUACUACGCCACCCGUGCCCUGCGCAUCGAGAAGUUCUAUGCCUUUUGGGGCCAGGAUUUGGACACCUUUACCACGCCGCUGGAGUGCGGACGCAGUUGGCGCGUCAAGUUCAAUAAACCCAUCGACUUCAUUGGCCGCCAGGCGCUGCUGAAACAGCGCGAGGAGGGCGUCAAGCGGAUGUAUGUGCAGCUGCUGCUGAACGACCACGACCACGAGGUGGACAUGUGGUGCUGGGGCGGCGAGCCCAUCUACCGCGACGGCGUGUACGUGGGCAUGACCACCACCACCGGCUAUGGCUAUACGUUCGAGAAGCAGGUCUGCCUCGGCUUCGUUCGCAACUUCGACGACGCGGGACGCGAGCUGGCGGUGACCAACGAGUACGUGCUCUCCGGCCACUACGAGGUGGAGGUGGCCGGCGUGCGGUUCGAGGCCAAGGUCAAUCUGCACUCGCCCAAUCUGCCCACCAAGUUCCCGGAUCGCGAGCGCGAGGCCUACCAUGCCACGCGCGACAAGCCGGACCAGGCGGAUCUCCUGUCCUUCGGCGGUUUGACCACGGUCAAGGGCACCGGAACGCCAACGGACGGGCACGGAUUGUUGUAGGCAGCAAAGGAGCCGGACUCCGGAUCAAUAUCAUCUGCCAUCUGGCAUCGUUCAUUUCUAGUUCAACUCGAGAGUCUCAAAAGCAAAGCGAUAUUAUUCGAUUUAGUACGAUAGGAGGGAAUCGAGCGAUUAUGAGAUAGGCAAAUGGUUAGUAGCAACCAAAAAGGGAAUCACCAUAUACUCUUUCUAGUGAAUGUGAGGCAGACUAGCUUAGCUAGCCAAUAAGAUAACUUUUAAAUCAGCAUUUGACCCUAAAAUCCAGUAGAACUCAAAGAUGUAUAAAAACAAGGCUGGAUUUCUUGUUUCAUGUUCAUUAGAAGGAGUAUAUCUAUGCUGGUUUACCAAUGAAAAAAUCUGUAAAAUUUAAUCGUUUUAUAAAUGGAAAGAAAUACUGAUAAUUCGAUUACUAUAAAAUAUGAACGCCUUGACUUAGACAUCGAAAUGAUGGGUAUAUAAAAAAAGCCCAAGAAAGUUCAUUUUACAACUUGUUAUAUCUUUUGAUUUUUGGUUUUGUUCGUCCGUCAGGCGUCGUGUCAAUUAAACAUAUAGAAAUAGGCUUUAAAUACGGUGUAUGUCUAAGAAUCUUCCGUGAUAUUGGAAUAAUUGAGAGUUGUUUUGCACAUUGUUAAAAGAAACGGCACAAAAAUGUUAAAAUAUUUGCUCAAAGCUGGCUUAGCUUCAUUUAGCCAAGGCAACUAGUUGGGAAUACAAAAAAAAUAAAUGAAAUAAAUUUAAUUAAUUCAAAUUUAGAUAAGCGAAAUAUAGGAAACGUUUUUGAGCAGUUUUUCAGACAGUUUUGAUUGAUUUUUUGUACUAACCCAGACGAUUGACUUUGUAAAUUAUGGUGUGCGACCGUAUAAACCACACCCCAUAUUAUAUAAAUCAUAUUGUACUAUAUUUAUACAAAUACAUAUACUCUUUACAGAA